UCUGCUGAAAAGGUAUUCGUUUUCAUUGAAUACUUAAACGCUGAGGCAAAUACAAGAGGAUUAUUCUCUGAAAAACAUUGGACUUGUAUGUAUAUAUACAUGAUAUAUAUUUCAAGUAUGCGUAAAACAUUUCUUAUUGUGAUCGGGCUCCAUCUGUUUAUCGCAAUAAAGUGUCAAACAUUACCAAGCAAUAUAAAGAAAUGCCGUUUUGGCGAUUCGAAAUGUAUUGUUGGAUCAAUGAAUGCUGUGAUACGACAAUAUUCACACGGAUUGUCUGCAAUCGGUAUGAAGCCCAUCAACGUUGUGAACAUUGAAGAUUCGAAUGUCUGGAAUAAUGCCCAAAUAGGUAGUGUUUGGCUCCAAUUCAAGCAAUUAAACCAGACGAUUUAUGGCUUUGAGAAUACGACAGUAAAGCGUAUCAAAGGUUUCGGGAAGGAUCCAACAGCCACCAUAAUGGAAAUACACGGACAGAUACCAAGUCUUAUUCACAAGGGUAACUAUGUGGCCAAUGGACGGGUUUGGAUGGUUGCCCUAAAUGCGACAGGAAGCUCAACAUCGGAUUUUCAGAAUCUACGUUUCAUAUUGAAGCUGAAAGUCAUACCGGAAUAUCGGAAUAAUAAGCGCUAUUUGAAAAUAUAUGAACUGGUGCCAGUUGUCAAUAUAAGUCGCUGGAUUGUGUGGUUGGAUAAUUUAUUUCCCGAGAACAUGGAUCUAACAAUUGCAGUCAAUGAGUUGCUUAACGCGAACUGGUUGGAGUUCUGGAAUGAACUGGAACCAGCUAUUCAGAAUAUUUUCAGCGGUGGAUUUACGAGUAUGAUUGCAGAUAUAUUUGAGAAAAUAUCCUACGACGACAUGUUCCUCAAGGAUAAUGAGACUUAA